CAGCCGGAAUGUUAUUGAAGGGCGGGACUGGUGCUCCCUCUAACGGCUUCCCCCAUCUGCCUCUGGCUCGGGACGGUGUUAGCGAUGAUUAGCCAGACCUCCUUACAGGACUCCAUGGACGGGGAGCUGGAGCUGGAGGAGGAGCAGCCGCUGCCGCCCAGGGAGCAGCAGCAGACGGACACUUACUACAGUUUGUACCGGAGACACAGGUCUCUGCCACUAGGAGAUGAUGGUGACAGAAAUGAGUGUUUAGAAACAUGCCCCAAGGAUACAGUGUCUCAGGAGGAUUUCAGCCUCUCUUUAUUGGCAUCUAACUUGUCUGUUGUAGCUGAGUCAGAGCUUCGAGCAUUCGUUGCUAAACGCCUCAGUAAAGGGGCUCUUUUAAACAAAAUGGGCACAAUAGCAGCGGUGGAUUUGAGCAUAGCCGAGCAGACUGUCGCUUGUUACUAUUGCCUCGUCCAGCAGGAUCCGCCCCCAGGGCCAGAAAGUAACAAACUGGAGUCCAUAUCUGUGGUCACUGAUUAUGUUCUCUGCUUUCUGGGCAGUACAGAGAAGAGCCUUGAACUUUUCAGAAUAGAGUUGGAUAAAUACGCCCAGGGAUUGCACCUUUACUUGGAUGCGGAGGUUGGUGCUGUUGAGCUGCAUAUCCAGCCGUACCUGAGCAGCUGGUAUGAUGAUGCUGUGCUCUACAUACAGAGGGUGCUGCAGCUGUUUCAGAACAAACUUCCUAUUCUGUUGUGGGCCGCUUUGAGUCACACUCCAGUUGAAGUUAAAGGGGCUGAUAACAAAAUUAAACAGGAUGUUGAAAGGUUUCUCAGUGCUGCCAGCCUUCAGGGUCUGAUCCAAGAGGACACGCUAGCUUCACUGUGUAAGGUGAUGACUAAGGAACCACAGAAAGUCAUUAUUAUUGACUGCAGUGAACCUACUCCUGCCUUUCAAAAUGCUGUGAGCAAUAAGUUUUGUGAAGACUGGAUUCCUUCAUUUUUAAACAGUUUGGAAACAGGAAAUCCUUUCCUCAUAAGGCAAAUCCUGGAGAAUUUUAAAUUAAAGGCCAUCCAGGAUAUGAACAGCCUGAAGCGGUACAUUCGACAGGCCGAGACAAACAACUAUGCCCUGUUCAAAUGCUUUGUCUUUCUCAAGAACUGUGGUAAUGGAGAUGUCCUCCUGCAUAACGUCAAAGUGGAACAUGUCGAGAUGCCCGAGGCUCAGAAUGUAGUGAAGGUUCUAGAAGAAUUCAUGUAUGAAGAAGGUGUCAUUGCUCCUACUAACUGAAAAAAAGCUACAUCUAACCAAUGAUUAAUUUUAGCAAAGACUUUAUUCUUUACUUUGUCAUGCUUGUUGCUGUGGAUAUCAAGAGUCACCAAUACUGCAUUCUCCAUCAGCAUCACACUCGUGCAUGAAAUCCCUGGGCUGGUGCAGUUUGUUAUUAUGAAGUGCUCUUUAAGCAGCCUGAGAGAAAAUAGGUCACUAUGGGCUAACUUCACUACGUCACUACUGAGCCCACCACCUGCUGUUUGGAUGUUCAUCUCCAGUGCUGUGAGCAGUGAAAUACAUCUUAUCCAGCACCUUCAAUGAGAGCCAGACUUUGACAGUCACCAAGACAGUGACUGGGAUUGUGUCUCUGGAAACUAUAGCUGGCCCUUGCCUCUCAGUGCAGACUGAGAAGGAUGAAUUGGCAGCAGAAUAUCAUUGAUUCAACACUUAAAAAGCUGCAGUAAGCUGAGAGAGGAUUUAGACUUACAUUUGUACACCCCCACCCCCAACCCCACAGGAUUAAGAGUUUAAGCAGGGACCCUCUAGGAGGCUACACUGAGUGACAACCAGGAAUGACACUACUCGCUUACUUUUUUUUGGGGGGGGGGGGGGGGAAAUGUGGGAAUAAAUUUUGCUUCUACCUAAAACAUUCCUGACUGGGAGAGGAAGGUGGGAGGUAUAAUUUGGGAACAGAGGAAGGAGAUGAAAAGAAGAUAAGACUACUUUUUAUUCAAGAAAAAAAGUUUCUGAGAAACUGGUAAUUGAGAAAUAUGGCACAAUGAAUUUUAGGGCCUGUAAUAAGUAGCGGUUUUAACAACUGCAUUAACAGCUGAGGAAAUGAAUGUGAUGGGUUAGAGUAACAUUAUUCUAAAGAUGGCUAUCAUCCAGCACACACCAUUUUAGAGAGGCUCCUAUUAACCAGUGGUAAUAGGACAAAGAGUUCCCAGUUUCCUCUGCUAUUACUGUCAAUUUGUAACUAGAAUGUAUUUACAACAAUUUUCUUCUGUGUUUGAAUC